AUGAUUAUAAAUGGACAACUCCAUUCACCUUAUCUGCUGGCUGGUACAUAUCUUGUACAAAACUUAAGAUAGUCUAUUUUAAUGUUUAUACAAUCCUUUNNACAAUAUUCAAUUUCAUAAAAUGAAUGUUGUAGGGCAAUAGAUAUAAAUAAAGAUUGUUCAAUCUUAUUGGCUGGAUGUGAUAAAGAAAUUAAAGUAUUUGAAUUUAAUUAAGGAAUUAUGAAAUUAAAAUAAAUUUUAAGUGAGCAUAAUAAUGAUGUACAUACUCUAAAUUUCAUGAAGAAAUCAAAUUAGUUUAUUUCAGGGAGUUAUUAAUCUAUCAUUAUAUGGUAAUAGAAUUAAAAUCAAUAAUAUGUUACUUAAUAGAUAUUAAAUGGACAUAAUAGUUGGAUAUAUUGUUUAAUAUUAAAUAAUAAUGAAGACUUGAUUAUAUCAGGAGGUUCAGAUAAUACAAUUAAAUUUUGGAUGAAAAAGAAUGAAUGGACGUGUUAACAAACUAUUAAAGAUCAUUAUAAUUCUGUAUUUGGAUUAAGUUUAAAUUAAUAGUAAAAUAGAGUGGUUUCUUGUGGUAAUGAUAAAUAAAUAUUAAUAAUUGAACAAUAAUAAUAGAAUAAAGAAUGGAUUGUUACAUAAAAAAUUACAGUUGAAUUAUCUACAUUACGAGUAUGCUUUAUUGAUAAUGAUAUAUUCACAUUAUCACAAUGUGGUUAAAAUUAGAUAUCUAUUUUUGAGAUGAACACUAUCAAUAAAUAGUUUACAAAAACUAAAGAUAUUGUUGUAAAAUGUGGAUCAGAUGGUUAUUGUUUAUUUCCUUAAUAAUAUUUAAAUUCAAAAUCCAUAUUAUUCAGUAAAAAUGGUGAAUAUGUCAAUUUAAUAAGGAAAAAAUAAAAUGGAGAAUACUUAACUGAAUAAUCUAUUCAUUUUAGUACAAAUGUUUUAUUUGGAAGAAUAAGCGAUGAUGGAGAGUAUCUAAUAACUUGGGAGAACAAAUCAAAAGAAAUACAACUCAGAAGAUACAAAGAAUAAUGA